GAAAAGGAAAGACAAAUACUGUUCUUUGGCUGAGAUGUUUUAAAUUAUUCGAGGUAUUCAUACAGGGUGCACGAUUCAUUAAUAAUAUUUUUGUAUUGGGUACAGUAUUAUUGGGCCAGACAUGUAAUCAUUCCAUUAUAAUUUACAAUAGAAAUCCUAUACCAAUUGGCCUGAGAUCAUUUGAGAUAUACACAAAUUCAGAUAAUAGUACUGAGUGUCAAUUCAUGACAUCCAAAUGGAGUUCACUGAAUCAUGUUUGUCAUUUUUCGAAUCCAUGUGAACAUUGCAAGAUUAAAUCAAUGAUUGUAAUGCCACCAUUAUCUGAAUUUAGUGUUCUUCUUGAAUGGGGUAACAAGAAAAUGACUCAACAUAUACAAGGUACAAUAUACAUUCAUACAAAAUAUGAGAUACUUCGACAAAACUUUGAAUAUUAUGUAACACAUGGCCGUGUAGUUGUAACACCUGAUCCUCUAGUUGUGAAUAAUUUAUUUCCUGGGAGAAUUAUCCACCGUAAUAUCAUUGUUCAAAAUACGUUUCCUACGAAUAUCAAUAUUACAAAAGUCCAACUACAUCCUACUAGUACUUUUACGAAUAAUUUUUAUGACACCUUUCCUAAAGAUGUUGUUAAAUUUCAUAAUAAUAAACAAGAGAUUACUGUUGAUACGAACUUUACAGUUCAUCCAACACAACCAAUCAAUUUCUCACCAAACCAAUCUGUAUUAAUAGGGACGGUUUAUUUUGAUUUAUCUGAGAGUUGCAUAGGUCAAUUUACCAGAACUACUGCUGCUACCACUACAUCUACAACGACUACUGCUUCCCUUCAGCCUUUUAAACCGUAUUGUUAUUGUGGUUUCAGUCUGGAUACGUCAUUAGGAAUGUUAUGGUUAAGAGGUGAAGAGACUAGUCAGUCUGUCAGUGAAAACAACUACCAGUAUCAUAUCAAUCAUAUGUUAAUCAAAGAAACAUUUACAUUGUAUACUGAACUCUACAGAUUGUGGUUAACUCACUUUAGUAACAAAAAUACUUCCAAUCAUCCGACUAAUAAUAACAAUGAUAAUAAUAUUCGUGGUCAUGACAGUAAACGAAUUUCAACCAGCUUAAGCUAUGAAUUAUCGAAUGAAAAUGUUGUCUUUCAUAGUGAUAUCUCCGUUCAGUUUACCUGGCCGAAAUUAAUUAACCCAGGAAAGCUUUCUGCUAGUUCAUCAAAGAAAAACUUAACACCAUGUAUUGUGAAAGAAUUUUCUUCAUCAACAGUGUCGGUGAAUCGUCAAAUACAAAUACCGAUAAUGUCAUCAGGAACAUCAAAUUCAUGGGAUUGUAUCUUUCAAAUUGUCAAUCCUCAGUCGACACUGAAACACUUAUUUAUUCAACCAAUAUUAUGGAGUCAAGUACAUAGUAGUUAUGCUGCAAAUAAAACGGAAUUAAAUGAUUUGAAAAAUUUAACCACAAAUAUUCUCCACGAUACAAGUUUAACUGAUUCAUUAUUCUCUACUAAUUAUGGAGAAUUUUCUAUUACACCUUAUUCAUGUUCAUGUUGUAAAUCUACGCGUAUCUUCGAUCGAUUUUAUCCUCCAAGUUAUCUCCUUUCACCAGAUGGUGGUGAACAAUGUUUUCGCCUAACUUUUACACCUACUAUCGAUAGCUUAUUAUAUUCAGCAAGUAAAAGAAAUAAGGACAGUGUUCUGCGUAGUUUACUAUUACUACGAAAUAAUUUAACAUCGUUAGAGCCUAUAUGGUUAGAAGUUCAUUUGAGUAGUAUUGGCUUAGCUCUUGCCAAAGUGUCAACUUCAACUUCAUCACAGUCAUCAGGAUAUGUUGUAUCAAGUGAAGCUGAGAAGAGACUUCAUAAUGUUUUGCCUAAUUUUAAUUUAUACGUUCAUACUGCAUCCAGUAGUAGUAGCAGCAGUAACAGUGGUUCACAAUCAGGAAUCGAUGAGAAUUCAUCUCCUCUAUUAAAAAUUGACCAAAUUAUCUAUGAAACCGAAUUUAAUCUCCUUGGUUUAUCAAAUCCUACUAAAAAUGCAAGUCAGCAAAAUUUCCACAGAUAUCUACCGUUGAAAUUUGAAUUCACUGAAAAAUCCAUUGGACCAUUCUGUGAAUCUCCUAAUAUGGAUGUAAUGCGCCCUCUACGCUCCUCGUUAAAAAACCAACAAGAUAGACAAUGGAAUAGCCAUCAUCAUCAUUAUCAUCAUCACAAUUAUCAAACAACCUCUAUUAAUACUGAGGGUUUAUUAGUAAAUCUUUCAUUACGAAGACGACUGGCCCUAAUCAAUACAGGACAGGUUACACUGAACAUAUUCAAGUUAUAUCUUUUGCCAUCAGUGAAAUAUAGCGAUAAAGGAUGGGACAAUUUGACAAUCUCUAACACAUCACCUACGCCUUCAUCAGGGUCAUCAUUAUCUUGGAUGCAUACGCAUGCUUCAUGUAGUUCAUCUGGUUUCAGAGUUGAUCCAUGCAUAUUGCCUGGGAUGAUGAAUGAGACGGAUGUCCCUGAAAAGAAUAACUCCACUUCUACUAAACUUUUACCCGGUCACCAUCUUAUUAUUGAACUACGGCACUAUCCAGAUUUCACGCAUACUUUUCUAACUGCAAAUCUGAUUAUUCAGGUUUAUCCAUCAAUUUCUGAAUCCAAUGUUAUAAAAUGGUCAAAUAUGCAACAAUCGAAUUAUCAAGCAGAUGAUAAUGAUUCAAUGUUUAUUCAACUACCUAGCAUUCCAUUAGCGGCUAGUUUGAAUGCAAACUUAUUAGGUGCAUGUCUUAACCUGCUGCCUAGACCACCGAUUGAAUCAUUUCUAUGGAUAAUGGUUCUUAUAUUCUAUAUGUUCAAUAUCAUCGGAAUACUUGUGUCAUCAUAUGUCGAUGCUAAAGGAAUUUACACGAGUCAUAUUAACCUACGACGUCACAUAGAUGAACUACCGGGAAAUUUUCAACCAGAUUCCACAAAGACAUUUAAUUUGAAUGAACCAACCAAGAAGAUACACAUCAGUGGUGCAAGUCCCCAAAAAGAUUUAUAUGAUCAAUCUGCGUUGUUUAAAAGUUCAAAUACAAAUUUAUUACAUUCUCCCACCGUUGCUACUUCAGUUAUCAGUAGUGUAGCUACUGGCAAUAUUGGGAAUGAGGAAAUUCAUACACUAGAUCUGAUGAUAGCAGAACGAACACAAAAGUCAAAAGUUGCUGUCAAUAUGCCUACUACUUCAAAUGAACAGAAAGUGAAGCAUCGAAUGAGCAACUCAUGUUGGGAUAAUUAUUUCAAAUGGACCCUCGGACUAUUAUUUGUUAUCAAACAUGUUAUCACUUUACGUUGGAUAUUUAUUGGUAUUGUAUACCCACAUAAACUAAUCAAGAGACUUGGAGUGUAUGCAGGGAAAAUUGUUUAUUGGUUCAGUUCAAGUAUAUCAUUUUUUCGUUAUCCUCAUCGAGAUCGUCUUCCUGUGUCUAAUGCUACUGAAGGAGUUGAUGGUAAAUCACUUCCAUCGAAUGAUAUAAUAGCAAUGAAUAAAAAAAGUUCGCCUGGUCUAUCAAAACAAUUGCCAACUGAUGAAUUGAAAAAUAAUAAAGUAACUUCGAAACUACUGCCUACAAGCUUACCAAAAAUGACAAGUCAACCUUCAGAUAAAAGUGCCCGAGUAAAUCGUAGAAAGAAAGUAGUGUACCCGCCAGUUGAUGCCCCAAAAUUAUCAACAUCCAAUACUAAUACAUCUGAAGAUCACUCCCAAUUGAUAAAUCGUCCUCGUCUUACAACAGCAGAAUCUCCGUUGAUGACACCAACGGCGACGGUAACGACAGCAGCAGUAAUACCAGCGACGACAACAACGACCUGUAAAGAUUUCUCUCCACCACGUAUGGCUGAAGCUGAUAUCGUUGCUGCUGUUCAAGCCUCAAUACGACUAACUGAGGAUGUGGUUCAUCAUCAUCAAGCCCGUCGAAAACAGGCACAACGCAUCUCUUCACGUAUAACAUGUAACUCCUCUUCACCGUCGUCUGUAGCUGGACCUGAUUUAGAAGGUAGCUAUUGUAAAGACAAUCGAAAAUUGAGACCUAGCAUUGACAUGCUUUGUCAAAAUCAUCUUUCAUCUCUGUCACUUGAUUCGCGUCAUAAAUCAGGUCCAACAAAUGAAAGUUCAUCUCCUACUACUGUCAGUCACUCUACUAAUGAAAGUCAAGAUAAAAAGAAAAACUCAAGAAUUUCGGCUUUAUCACUUGAAAAACAAUUUAUUGAUGGAUUUAAUAAUGAGAUCGAAUCGUCUGGAGACUCACAGGAAAUUGUGGGAAAUACUGUUACAAUAAGUCAUCAAAAUUCAACCUCAACACUACUCAGUUCGUUCGAUAAUAAGUCAAAUCAGUUAAAGAUUAAUUCAAGUCAUUUAUCUCAUUCACUUGUUGAUGAAUAUUUUGAAUGGCCUAAAGAAACGGAAUCGUGUGUUGUUGUUCAAUCAACUGGAGUACAGCAUCACUAUGCCAGUGGUCAUUAUCAUCCAAGGAUUAUGUGGACUUCAUGGGAUGAUAAUGUUUCAGAUUUGUCUACAUGUUGGAGUCAGUCACCAGUAUUUUCUGAUUCAUUUUCAUACUUUAUUGGUACAAGUUCAACUGAUGAAGCAAUGAGUCGUUUAUCUGAAGAAACUCAAGCAUUCGCUGAAUCAUUUUUAAAAGAAUCAUCAUCUAACGUACCGUUUAUAUAUUCACAAUCUUUUCUGUCAUCCCAAUCAAAAACUGCUGGUAAUAUUCACUGGACAGAUUGGUCGCAUGAAUUUAAAAUGAAUGAUGUAAACGAGGAUAAAUUUAUUCUACAUAACUUUGAUCCUUACUUAAACUUGCUGGAUGCAGUCAAUAAAACUGAUGAUGGUAAUAAUCCUAUCAGUGAAGAUUAUUUACUUCAUACAAAUUCAUCUGAAUAUUUGUCUUCAGACAGAGGUGUUGGACACGAUUAUCAACAAUCAGAUUAUUAUUAUGUGAACAAGAAUACAAUAGAAGCGGCAUUGAAUGCUACAUUGCCCAUCAUUUAUUCAGUACUUCUACGUAAUAAUUAUCAACUAGCUGGCUGUACUACAAUACAAUCACCGUCCGUUAAUUCACCAAGUCGAAAUGAUAUUUCAGCGACAGACAAUUCAUUAAUUGUACAGACAUUUCUUAACGCUGUCUAUGCAGCAAGUAGUCAGCAUCUUGAUGAAAUGAAUCAGUCCUAUUGUUGCACUAAUUCGAUUGAUAUGCUAGAAACUACAAAUGUACCUACCACUGCCUCACAUGAAGACGAUAUGAAGCUACCACCAUUUCCAUCAGAAUCAGUAUCAUUCAAAGAAACCUUCAGUUAUGACUAUCAUGGAGAUGAUAACAUUGAGAAUAUGUUUACUGGCAAGAAACGUAAUUUUUAUGAAUUAUUGCAAAUGACAGAAGCUAGACGUUUAUCUGUAUUGAGCUAUGAAGCAAUUAAGUUAGAAAAUUUCACUGAAGAAAUGAAGGCAAAUUAUGCGUAUCUCGAUUUGGUACCGAAUCCAUUAGAAAAUCUAAAAGUUAACAAAGUGAACGAUAAUAAAAUGACGUCUUCAUGGAAAUCUAUUUUGGACAUACCACAGUCUGAAUUAUUCGAAGAAGUUGGACUAUCUGCUAUAUCAACUAGUUACACAUAUCCUGAAAUACUACUCGAAGAUUCAUCUGUUAUUACUCCAUGGAAUAUUUUUGGAAAAUCUACCAACAGAACAAAUGAUGCUGAUGAUAAUCAAGAUAUUCCAUUGAGUUUUGAAAGUAACUCAACUUUUACUGCUACUGAUGCAACAAUCACUACCACCGCUUCCAAUAAUUCCAAGGUGAUUGAAUGAAACAACAUUCAGUUCCAAGACAAAAAGAGGAAGCGUUUUCAUCACGCAAAAUAGAUUAUUUUUUAUCAACACAAGAUUUACUCUUCUCUUUUUACUAUUGAACCGAAUUUUAUUAAGAUUUAUAUUCUUGUUACUGAUCUUUGUCUAGUUUCCAACUUCUUAUCUUCCAAGCAUACUUCUUUACCGUGAUGGCGUAGUUUUUCAAGUUGCUCUUUCGUUUUUUAAUCUUUCCCCUCGGUAUUAUCUACCUGUGUAUUUCUGUUUGACGGGAGGAAUGACUUGAAUUGUCUGCGCAGAAGAAAAGCAGAAAUAAUAAUUGUUUUUAUA